AUGUGUCUUCCAUUUUCCUCAAAGAAACAUACCUACGAAAAGUCCGAGUACGCGCCCAGGCCAGCACCGGCGUGGAGCAGCAAUUACGGCACCUCAGGCCGAAACACCCUUCAUCGCAAUGGCGACCACAGACACCACUACACCAGCCCCGGCUUCGCAUAUGUCGGAGCGACCGGAGGUGACGGCGGCGGCGGAGGACAUCAUGGAUUCGGCGGUGGUGAUGGCGGAGGCGGCGGUUGCGGAGGAGGUGGUGGUGACGGAGGCGGCGGCGGCGGCGGCGGCGGUGGUGGCUGCUAA